AUGAAUACACGACAAGUGAUCGAUGACUCGACAGGGCCUGUCUCCCUGUCUGCUGCCUUUAACAGCGACAGUAGUUGCUUCUCUGUCGGUUUAGAUACGGGCUUUUGCGUCUUUAAUUCAGACCCAUGUGAGCUCAAAGUCUCUCGAGACUUCAACGCAGGCAUAGGCGUCGCGGAAAUGCUAGGGCAGUCCAACUACCUAGCAAUCGUCGGCGGAGGCAGACAGCCAAAGCUACCACAAAACAAAAUGGUUAUCUGGGACGACGUUAAACAGAAACCCGUUAUUACGCUGGAAUUCCGUACCUCCGUCCUCCGAGUACGUUUGUCGAAGUCGCGCAUUGUAGUUGCGCUACUCAAUAGUGUCCACGUUUUUGCCUUCUCCACGCCGCCGGAGAAGCUGUCGGUUUUCGAGACGACAGACAACCCAUUAGGUUUGAUAUGCCUGGGCAAGAAGCUCCUGGCGUUUCCUGGCCGAUCUCCAGGGCAAGUUCAAUUGGUAGAGUUGGAAACCGGGAAUGUCAGUAUUAUUCCAGCACAUAGUACAGUUCUUAGAGCCAUUGUGCUUAGUCCGGAUGGCGAGGUAUUGGCUACAGCAAGUGAAGCGGGGACUUUGAUACGGGUUUUCUCUACGGGAAACUGUGCCAAAAUCGCCGAAUUGCGACGGGGCGUUGAUCAUGCCAUGAUAUUCUCCCUUGCCAUUUCCCCCUCAAACACAUACUUAGCAGUCACAUCGGACAAGUCGACAUUGCACGUCUUCGACCUUCCGCAUCCACGAACAUUAUCACGACGGAGCCAAUCUCCGUCUUCAUACUCAGAGGACGGAAUCAACCAAAAAUGGGGGAUUUUGGGCAAGAUACCUUUGCUUCCUAGAGUGUUCUCUGACAUAUACUCCUUUGCGAGCGCCCAUUUUGAAAUCGGAGACGACUCUCUGAGCAGUGCACCUUAUAUUCCUCCACUGGGGACAUCCGUUGGACGACCAUCCAAAGGCGUCCUUGGCUGGCUAGACGAUCAAACCGUUUUGAUCAUAGGUGCUGGCCGAGAAGGUCGUUGGGAAAAAUUCGUUAUUCGUGAAGGUGAAGAUGGCAAACGAUUCUGCACAAGGGAAGGCUGGAAGCGCUAUUUGGGGGGUUGA